AACAACGGGCUGCGGCGCAGCAGUAAGGCGUCCGCGGCGGGCGGCGAGCCCCCUCGGGCGCCUGCCUUGAUCGCGCCGCUCUCCCUGGGCCCGGCGCGAUCCGGAGGGAGGAGCGAGCGAGCGGCAGCCCGCAACACAGCCGCCGCGUCUCCGAGGACAUGAGGGCAAGAGCCCGCGCCCAGGCAGUGUGACCAUGAGUGCGGGCUCUAUUGAGCAGGAACCGACACGCAAGCUGGCCUGCUGUGGGGUCCCCCUCAUCACGGAGGACAUGCAGUCACUGGCCAUCCGCACGCUGUCCGGCACGGACAUCAACAAACACUAUGACCUCAUCCGCGAGCUGGGAAAAGGGACCUACGGCAAGGUGGACCUUGUUUCCCACAAGAGCACAGGCACCAAGAUGGCGCUGAAGUUUGUCAACAAGAACAAGACGAAGCUGAAGAACUUCCUGAGGGAGUUCAGCAUUACCAAUACACUCUCCUCGAGCCCCUUUAUCAUCAAGGUCUUUGAUGUGGUCUUCGAGACGGAGGACUGUUACGUGUUCGCCCAGGAAUAUGCACCUGGCGGAGACCUCUUUGACAUCAUUCCGCCACAGGUGGGGCUUCCUGAGGACAUGGUGAAGCGCUGUGUGCAGCAGCUUGGCCUGGCCUUAGAUUACAUGCACAGCAAAAACUUAGUCCACCGGGACAUCAAGCCGGAAAACGUCCUCCUCUUCGACCGCGACUGCCGGCGCGUCAAGCUGGCCGACUUUGGCAUGACGCGCAAAGUGGGGUGCCGGGUGAAGCGCAUCAGCGGGACCAUCCCGUACACGGCGCCCGAGGUGUGCCAGGCCGGCCGGGCCGAGGGCUUCACCGUGGACACCAGCAUUGACGUGUGGGCUUUCGGGGUGCUCAUCUUCUGCGUGCUGACGGGCAACUUCCCCUGGGAAGCAGCCUCGGCCUCGGACACCUUCUUCGAGGAGUUUGUGAGGUGGCAAAAGGGGCGCCUGGCAGGGCUGCCCUCCCAGUGGCGCCGCUUCACGGACAACGCGCUGCGGAUGUUCCAGCGCUUGCUGGCCCUGGACCCGGAGAAGCGCUGCCCCGUGAAGGAGGUCUUCUUCUUCAUCAAGUACGACCUGAUGUCGGAGGUCCGGCGCCGGCCCUCCUACCGCUCCCGCAAGCACACCGGAGACAAGCUCUCCGCCGGCCCUCACCGCCACGAGACGUCCAGCACUUGCACCCCGACCCCCCUCAAGAGGACCAUCCUGACAGAAGGCAGCGUCUCCCGGCUGUCUGCCUCAGAGUCUGGCCUCCCUUCCCCCGGGGCAGGAAGCAGGACUGAUGGGCGCCAGGACAAAGGCAAAGGCCAGAUGGUCCUGGCCACAGCCAUCGAGAUCUGCGUCUGACGAGGGCGCAGCAGGCCCCUGGGUGCCUCACGGCCUGCAGUUAAGAUGUCAGCACUGCGAUGCCCUCUCCUGCUCUGGGACAGGCUGCGUGCGAACGGAAUCCAUUUUGGGAACUAGGACCCAUGUCUUUUGAAGCAAAAAUACAACAACAACGAAAAACAGGGGUGGUGGGGGGAAAGGAUAGAAAACGUGGCUUUCCGUUUUCCUCAGUAAUCCUAAGGAUGUCCGUGGUUGUCUGAGGCCACAGGAGAAGAAAGGCCUUCUCUCCUCAUUCACUUGAAGACUGGGAGCUGAGGGCUGGAUUAAGGGACUGCUGAGUUGGUGGCAGGAGAAGACGGAGCCCAUAGCACCUCAAGGAUGAACAACUGAGGGAAUCGGGACUGUCUCUGGAGGGAGGGGAGAGAAACCCAGUUGGCCGGGGGCUUUCUCUUUUUGCCCAUCAGGACUAGCUUUGAGAUGGUUUCCAAUUGGGGGUCCUUGUGAUGAAAAUAAUAAUAAUAAUAAUGGAUUGGGUUGGGGGUUGGGGUGGAGGGGCAGAAGUGGGGGCAGAAAAGCCCCAUUGAUCUGGCAAGCAGUUUCUUUCUGGGCCUGCUGAGAUAGAGUUGGUGGUAAACAAAGAGGCCGGGGCUGGUUAUUUAAGUCACCUGGAGCCUCUCUGCUGGGCAUCAACUGGCUUCCAGCGCCCCUAUGCCUGGUUGCCAGGGGGUGAGGUCAGAACAGACUCCCGGAAAAAGAGGCUGGGGAGCUGAGUGUGCUGGGGGAGGACUGUCUGUUGAAUUGGCCCUUGUACUGGAUCCAGCUUCCAAUUCCAAUGGCAAGGGGGGAACAGGGACCCCAGCUGGCUGAGCUGCGGCAUUCAGUUUGGAGACCGACACGUAGCGCAGCUAAUAUAUCACUUCCUGAGGAAGUGGCGGGGAGAGUCAUUUUUAUUUCUGACUGGCGCUAACCCUCCAGCUGUGAGCAAAGUACAGAGUCAGGGCAAUCCGGGGACCACAGAGAUAUCACAGUGAUGCCAUUGGUGCCACUGAUGUAGCAAGUGUUUCCUGUGUCAAUGUGUGCGUGUGGCUGUAUGUAAAUGUGUCUCUACAGUCUGGAUGUUUGGGUCAGCCGUUCACUGUUGGCCACGUGGCCAUCGCCACCGAGGAAAAGGCUUGGGUGCUUGGGCCGAAUGAUGGGGAGGACAAAGGGGGAAGCCAUUUUGUGUGAGGCCACCACCCGCCUGUGAUCACAACCAGGCAUGCGCACUGCAAGAGGUGCAUGUGUGAGGGGAAGGGCACUUUGUGUGGGAGCAGAAGCUUCUUCCUGCAGUGCACUGGGAGUUCAAAGCUCAGGCAGGGCUCUCUAGUUCAGCGGUGGGCAAUCAUUUUCCUUGUCAAGAACUGCAUUCCUUCUAUUGAGGUGGGGGGCGGACGGACACACACCUUGAAAGUGGGUGGAACAGGAGUCAGAAUCAGGCAGGGCCCAGGGCCAAAGGUGAAUAUGGCUACCCCACCUUUCUUUCUCCCACCCCCUUUUCUCUCUGUUGCUCCCUUUCUGUUCCUCCCUGUCUUUUUCAGCCACCCCCUUUUUUCUCUCUCUCUGCCAACCUUUCUUUCUGCUGCCCUCUGUUCUCUCUUUUUACCACCCUCUUCCUCUCUUUCUUCUGCCCCCUUUGCUCUCUCAUUUCCUCUCUCUUUCUGUCAUCAUCUUACACCUCCACCCUUCACCCAUGUGAAAUUAGGCCAAGAUUCCCAUGUGGCCCUAAGGCCACAACUUGCCCACCCCUGGUCUCGUUGAACACCAGUCCAAUAAGGAGCAAUCGGGCAGAAAGUUUCAGAGUGUGUAGGGUAUACCCCUAGGGAACCGCAAGACUGGAUGGCUUCAUUAGAAUGUAUUGAGCAUCAAUACAUAAGCUCUUGAACUGAGGCCUGCUAAACUCUUUUAUGGUUUUCUAACUGGCCUAGCUUUUAUAUAAAGAGGAGAAUCCUCUCUGGAGCAACGGCUUAGGAUUCUAGUAUGCUGGAAAACAUGGACAUCUAAAUAUUACAGGAGCCAGGAUUAGGGCCCAUCUGAGAGGGAGCAAUGCCCUGUGCCUAAUGGAGACCCUCAGACGACACGAAGGGCUGCCAGUUCAUACUGCCCAUCUCUGGGAUGACUUUAUAAUCAGGAUUCUGGUACAGAUACAUU